AUGGUAUUAUUGGUAUUGACAGAACGUAUCAGAACUGCAAUCUAUCAAGCUAUACAAUCGCCAGAAUUUGAUGAAUCAGCAAGACAACGUUUGAGAUCAUAUUUGAAAGCAAGUGCUUGCAUUCCAUUGGACCUUAUCAAGGAGGUUUCCAACUUCUUAGUGAGUCGUGAUGGAAAACUGGGCAGAGAAAUUGGUCUUUCUAGUUAUUGGUUACACGAAUUGCUUACUGGAAGUGGAAUUUAUGUACAGCCUCGUAAAGAAAAAGUCAAGAGUCCUGAAUUGGUUGCAAAAUUAGAAAAAAUAUUAGCAGAACAAGCCAAUAAAGAAUAUGCUCGUAUGGUUGGCAAAGUUGCCUCUUCUUAUGAUGUCGAGACUUUUAAAUUACUUGAUACCGAGGAGUUUCAAAGUAUUCGUGGUCAACUCACUGCCAUCAUCAACAUCACCUUUACCGUUGUUGCUGUAUUCGCAGCUGUUUAUCAUGUUGCUCAAACGAUUACUGGUGAUACUGGAAUGCGUGUAUUACUUGCUUUAUCUGGCAGUGUUAUUGUGGGUAUCGCAGAAACAUUCUUAUACAUGAGAUACUUGACAGGCUAUGAUUCUCCAACCAAUAAUAAUAAAAAUAGCAGAAAAGAGAAAGACCGCAGUAAAAUACCUUCAUCAACAACUCUAGGAGUUGGAGUUAUUGAAGUAGGAGCAGGCUUAGCAGUUUUAAGAAAAGGUUUAAUGUAUGGACUUACCAUAACACAAAUGUUUGUAUCUCUUGAGAUCCCUUCAAGAGACAAGUCAAACCAACGGUUUUUGCAAUGGAUGUCACAACAAUCCAAACAACGAAUACACCAAUAUGCAGAAACACAAGAGCUAGCAUUAGCUAAACUGUUAUUUUUACUAGUUGGGGCUGAAUGGUCACCUUUUGGACUAUCGAGAAACGUAGAUUAUUGGGAAUACCAUAUAUGCGUGGGUAUUUGUUGUAUGGGCCAUCAGGAAGUGGCAAAAGUAGUUUUACAAGCACUUGCAGGGGAGUUGGAAUAUACAAAGAUAUUGAUGCAACUUUUAACCCAAGCAAUUGCUGACAGCUACAACAGAACAGCAGCAAUAUCAUGGAAAAAACCAUCAUCAACCAAUGAGCGUCUUUGUAAUAUUGUAGAAGUGUUAUGA